UGCCGUGUGAUGCCCAGCAGUGUGUUCUGGGGGCGAAGGGUGGCCGGUGUUUCCCGACACGAGUCGAGUGGAUCCGAGAGCAGAGCAGAGCCCGACAUGUUCAGAUCAUCUUCCAAAUGUUGAGCCCGAGUCGUGAAGUGCUGCUCUUGAGGGGGGCGAGGUUGUAAGGGAGGGAGACGACGAGGGAGGAAGCAAGGCAACAUUCCCCGCUGCUUUCCACUUCUGAACAGCAUCCCGGCAUCUUCCCACCGACGCGCACCGGCGGCCGGCCCGUUGCAGACACAAAAGAAUCAGCCAUGACGAUGGCAGUAAGAGCGAUUGCUCUCUGCUGUCUCAUCACUACAGCUCUUGCUGCCCCAUUAAAAGCUGAAGAUGAAUCCAAGACACUGUUUCAUGGGGAGGAUUUCCACAUCCUGCUGCCCUCACGUGAUCUGGAGGUCACAUUUAAGCACGUGUCCGACCCUCGAAAGCCCGUGGUCCUGAUGAGGGAUGGCAAAGUGAUCAGCAGCCGGGCCAAACCCAACCUGAACCUCAACCACCUCAUUAUAGAGGGUGUUGGUGAGGGGGAUGAGGGCGAGUACACCGUGAAGAAUCCACAGAAUCCAGAAGACAUCAAGCGCAUUAAGCUGAUAGUCAGAGAUUGUACCCUUGAGCAAAUCAUCAAAUAUGGAGGCAACUUCCAGAUUCCACUGCAAGGGGUGAAUCAGCCCAUCACCCUCGAGUACAAGCCCAGUAUUGUGGAGGCCAACCAGACAUCGAGACCAGCUUUGGUGGUUCUGACAGCUACAGGGAUUUCCUCGGAGCCCUAUCAGGGCCGUAUCAGCGUCAGUGAGCAUUCAGUCACCCUCAGUGGUGUCACAGGUGCAGAUGAGGGGAGCUUCACUGUGUUGGAUAACAGAGGUGCAAUCCAAAGGAAACAGUGUCUAAAUGUCAAAGAGCACAAGAACUUCCUGACCGUGCCUUACGGUAAACAGCUGAAGAUCAAUCUGUUGCUCAACAGCUCUGUGGUGCAGCUCUAUUACAGCACUGACUCCAACUCCCCCCAGCAUCUGCUGCUGGAUAAGGGAGCAUUCACCAAUGCCAAAAUGGAGCUGCGUUUUGACGAUCGUCUUUCUUUGGAGGGUUCCAUGGUGUAUCUUGAUCAGGUCUCUGGGUCAGAUGCAGGCCUGUUCAAAAUAACAGACCCUAACGGAUUUACUGUGUCUACCUACCAUGUGACAGUUCAACCCUACAGGCUGGAAACACUCUAUGUGGCUAUCAUCGCUCUGCUGGGCCUGCUCGCUUUCCUUCUGCUGGUCUGCCUGUUGUCCUGCUUGAUCAAAGUAAAGAAAAGGGCCAAGAGGGCUGCAGCCCUGGAGAAGUUGGCUGAAAAUGCUGGAAAAGAGGAUGAGGGAGAAGCCUUUAGACAGGUGGUCAAGAACAUCACUAAGCUCAACGAGGAAUCCAAGCACUCCCAAGCUGACAACACAGAAAAAUCUCAGAGCACUGAAGGUCUGGAGGUUUCCUCUAAAGAGGUUGGGGUUGGUAACCUAGAGACCAGUGACUCAGGUGUGGGUUUUAACACUGCUCUCCCUCUGGACACUGACACUGAUGCCGCUGAUCAAAUCCCUGAGUCUGAGGCUGUGAGCAUCUCUGUUGAACAUGAAAUCAAACCAAGUCCUCCAGCUGCUGCUGAGCCCAAGCCGACUGCUCCACCAGCUUUGGAAAUUAAGGCCAGUCCAGUAUUUCAACCUAAAGUCAGCCCUGUCCCUGAGAUCAAGAAAACCCCUGACAAGCCAGAAGAACCGAAGUUGGAUUUGCCUAAACCAGCGGAUAGCAAACUUAGCCCGGCUCGUACUCCUGAGCCCAAGGCCAGCCUGAGUCCAGCUGUUCCGAAACCUGCACCCAGCCCAAGCCCAGAACCCAAGGCCAGCCUGAGCCCUGCUGAUCCCAAACCUGCACCUAGCCCAAGCCCAGAACCCAAGGCCAGCCUGAGUCCAGCUGAUCCUAAACCUGCACCUAGCCCAAGCCCAGAACCCAAGGCCAGCCUGAGCCCUGCUGAUCCAAAACGCGCACCCAGCCCAAGCCCGGAGCCGAAGCCAACAGCCCCAACUUCAACACCCGAGAAUAAAAGUGCCCUUACUCCCACACCUGAGCCCCCAAAACCAGCCACACCGGAACCUAUUACCAACGGUACCCCCGAGCCGGGGCCAGAUUCGAAGCUAAGCCCAGAUCAUGGAGGUAUCAUCGGAGGCUCUGCUCCAAAAGCCGUUGCCCCUAAAACCCCUGAAGUGGAGCUGAAAUCUGGUGGUGUUGCGCCGGAGGCCAGCAAAGAUGGCACUGCGGCAGAAGAUUCAACUACAACUUGA